AUGAAGGUCUCCCAUUACAUGAGUUUCAUAGUUCUAAUACUGUCUCUUUUAGAACUCUCGAUUUCUCUUGGCUCCCGGUCAACAGAGAUUUCCAACGUGAGUCUACUUAUAUGCUCUGAGAUGGCAUCUCUAUCUUUUAGAGAAUCUUAUAAUCACUACAAGUAUCGACAGAUCGCCUUCUUAUCGUCGAGGGUUUUGACAGUCUCGGCAAGCCGUUGGAGUCCACUGCAACAAGCAGGGGACGGCGUGGAGUCCCUCCCCAUUGCAAACCCAACACACCCAGCAGCCUUGGCUGUUACUGCAUUGCAUGGCACGGCAGCCUCAUUGACGUUGGCAAAUCUCUCACCACUUGAUUUGGUGACACCCAAUUCUUUUGAUAACAAUUACUUCAAGAAUUUGAUACAAAAGAAGGGUCUUCUUCACUCUGACCAAGUUCUCUUUAGCGGCGGAUCCACCGACAAAAUUGUCUAUGAAUACAGCAAGAAUCCUUCUCUCUUUAACUCCGAUUUCGCAUCUGCCAUGAUUAAAAUGGGAAACAUUGACGUUCUUACUGGUUCAUCUGUGGAGAUAAGGAGGAUAUGCAGCGCUGUCAACUAA